AUGACUGCAUUAGAGGGUGGGCAUGUUGCCGAAAGGUUCACUCAGCUUGACAAUGCCCCGUGGGUUGCGGUAAUUAGCGGCUACCAGGCGAAUGAGCACCAAACAUGGCGCAAAUUCCAGAACGGCACGCCCUGCCCGGUAACUAGAUACGGCGGCCCCAGCGAAGAGUGGCUAGCGGUGGAAGCUGGUCUUCCCCCUCCCCAAACCGACCUCUCUCCGUCGGAACGCAAGAAUGUCAUGAAUAAAGUCCGCGAUGAGUUGGCAGUGGAAGCCAUGAAGCCUAUGGCAGACAAAGUCCAAGUACGCGACUGGACAAUCCCUACACGUGAUGGGGCAACACUCGAAGCCCGAACCUAUCGACCCAAGGCGGCGGGUGAUGGGCCUCUGCCAGUCUACCUCUAUUUCCAUGGAGGCGGAUUUCUUUUCGGUACCUUGACCUCCGAAGAUGCGACUUGUUCUCGCAUUGCCAUUAGCACAAAUGCGCUUGUUGUUAACGUAAACUAUCGCCAUACGCCUGAAUACGUCUACCCAACAGCAUGGAAUGAUGCGGAAGAUGCCUUCAUCUGGUUGCAUGCCAAUAUCAAGGAGCUCGAUGGCGACGCGGCCAAAAUUGUCGUUGGAGGUAUAUCGGCUGGUGGACAGUUGACAGCUUCACUCACACUCGCUCAGCACCUUGGAAAGCUCCCCUCGGGGUUGCCCUCUAUCGCAGGCCAGGUUCUGAUGAUCCCUUGUCUGGCGCAUGUUGAUUGUUACGAUGGCUUGUUGAAGAAGAUGAAAAAUCCGUCGGUCUCAUCGUACCCCGAGAACGAAAGCGCCCCAAUCUUGCCGCGACCCAUGAUCGACCUUUUCGUUGGCCUUCUCAAGGUUGAGAACCCAGACCCCAACGACCUGAGACUUAACCCUGGUAACGCGACACCAGACCAGGUGAAAGGACUACCCCCGACGACGUUUGGAAUUUGCGGCUUGGAUGCAUUGAGAGAUGAGGGUUUGCUAUACGCCAAGAUGCUUACAGAGGCUGGUGUUCCCACGGAUAUUCAUGUCUACAAGGGCGUUCCUCACGGAUUUAGGCGGUUUGGAGACAAGUUAUCAGCGUCGAAACACUGGGACGAGACUACGGACAGUGGGAUUACUUGGGCAUUGACUAACCCAACGGCCACGGGAGAGUUCAAGAUUCAUGAACAUUAG